AUGCCCAAGGUCAAAGAGCUGAUCCUCCGCCACAACUACACAGUAGACAUUCUUGCCUGCUCUCUGCGGACCGCCAAUCACUACCCAUCUCAAAUGACUUACGACGGCAUUUCCCGGGCCCUCAAGCCUGCCGUGCUAAUUCAGUGUUUCGACGCGGGCGGGCAGGCCGUACACCUGCUGAUGCCCGCGAAGGGCCCGUCCCGGGCAGAGGUGUUGCCCGACGCGGCAGCUCAGGGCCCGCUCAUUGGCCAAUCCUGCAGCUGCCCCAACAACUACGGGCUGGCGGCCGAGGCCCGGGGCCUGGGGAGGAGGCCGCGGGCAUAUGAGGAGGCCGCGGCUGGGGCCCGAGGCCGCCAUUAUCACGCAGCUCGGGCCUCGGCCGCGGCGGCCGCCAGUCAGAAGCUGGCGCGCGCCCCCGUGGUGCGCGCUGACACACCCCCUGACGCCUCGCGGUCCCGCCCCUCUCCGGCUUUCCGUAGCGCAAGCCUGGACGCCGUGCGCCUUCCCUAUUGGGCGCGCUCCCGGCGCUCCGCCGGCCUCCUCCCUUGCCCGCGGCUUUCAGGAGCCAGGAGUUGCAGAAGGUGUGCGCGCUCCCGAACGCAUCGCUCUAGCCCCUCCCCGCAGGGGGUAGCCGGACCGCGGAGUCGGGAGGCCACUCCACGCCCGGGGCUCGGUUGGCCUCCAGCCGCAGGAGGCGCGCGCGGCCUGCGGUUCCCGGGAUGGUCUGCAGCAGCAAGUCCGGGCCUGGGGGAGCGCGCGCCCGGCGGUCUCCCUUCCACCUCCCCGCCCCCCUCCGACCUACAGAGCCGCGGGCAGUUGCUGAGGCGGCGGCGGCGCGGGACUGGGUGCGAUCAUCUGGGAAGACGCCGUCCCCUGCCCCGCCGGCGCGGUGGUAUCUCCCUUAAAGAAGCCGGCACCUCAUUGUUCCCGGGCAGCGGCCGCCGGGAGUCGGCGGCGCCCGCCGGGCGCUGGGAGGAAGGGGCGGAGGCGCCGGCACCCAGCCGCUACCGCCCGCGCACAGCCGGCCGGGCGGCCGCGCUCACUGGCUCCUCGUGGGGAGUCGGGAUCCAGUCGGCGCCCAUCAGAGGGGCGGCGGUCGGGGCGAGCCGGGGCCGGGAUUGACAGCGAAGACAGCUGUUCCCUCGCGGCCCGACUGUCAGCCGGUCUUUGGGCCACCCGUCAGUGGUUUGUCGGAUCCCGGCACGCAUUUCCUGACAGCCAGCCCCGGACUGCCAGUUACUCAGAGACCCGCACCGAUCGGUCCUUCAGUUACACAGAUCAGGAAGCACCAGCCAGAACCGAUCAUUCCUUCUUCACCUAUUUAUUCUGCAUCUAUUAUUUGUCAGUAAAGUGGUUGUUCCUCCUCCCAGUGCUGUAUGAGACACCAUUUCAAAGAAUCCCUGUCACUGCCGUCAAUGAUCAACCAAUGACCCAUUUUAUUUUCUGCCCUCCAUUUAUGGACCUUCUCCAGAGAGACCAGCACUGGGUUAGGUCUUUAAAUUAUUGCUCUUAAUCCUAAUCCACAAGGGACAGGCUUUAUUAUCAACCCUGUUUUUACAGGUGAGGAAACAGACCUCUUCCUUAUUUGACCGAAAAAAUGUCUGGCUUUCUUUUUGGGGGGGGGUGCCUGCCUUGGAUUCCCACUCCCUUGGUGUAAAACCUCCAUCCCCAAACAAAAACAAAAAACCUGCUCUGUAACUUCAGAUUUUUGUCCAUAGUGCCUUGUUCCAGUCUUCAUCUGUCUGCUGGAAAUACGCCAGUCAAAGCUUGGUUUCUGCCCUUAAAGGUAGGGGGAAAAUACCAAAGGCUUUGUGCAGACCUGUGUGGGUAAUUGAUCAGAGUUAGCAAAAGGGAUAUCUUUUGGUUAGAGAAGUCUUUUCCCUUUGUUUGUCUCAGUCAUUAAAUAUAGGUAUUCGUCCUCUCAAACUGGCUGAAGAACUGAGACUUAAAAUCCACCCCAUAACCUCCAAGGAUAGGCUGACUACAGUUUGUGAGGUGGAUUCAGACCUUGUGGAACCUGAAGCUUAAAUAAUUUGGGGUGUCCUCUUUAGCAAAAAUAUUACAAAAUGGUUGGGGUUUUGGAAGGAGCUCUGUGAGGGACACUGAAUCUUAAGCUUCAUUAGCUUCAGAGUCAACCUCCCCCUGCAUAUUACCUUACAUCAUUAUUUGUUUGCCCAUAGGCCUUCUAUAGACUGGGAGUUCCUGGGGACAGGCCCCUUGUCUGUGAUUCAUCUGCAGCCUCUGUCUGAUGAGGUAUCAAGAUACACCUGAGGAUAGUACUGUCAUGCAUUGCUGGAAGGCAAAAUGAUGGAAGUCUAAUUAAGAAAAUCAGGCAAUCUAUAACCUCAUUACAUAUGCUCUUUCACCAAGUAAAGGUCAAAUCCUAAACUUCUAGGUAUCUAUCCUAGUGAUAUAUUGGCAAAAAUACGAAAUAACUGUAUUCAUAAAGCUAUUCAUUAUGGUAUUAUUUUUAUAGAAAGUACUGGAAGCUGUGUAUAUGUCAAAGAACUAGAAGAAUUAAUAAUACUAUGUACAUAGGGUAGAAUGCUGUGCAGCUAUAAAAAGAUAAUAUGGAAGAUUUCUUAUAUAUACUAAUGAACAUACUCAUAUGAAAUGAUGGCCAUAUAUAUGAUUAAGUGAAAUAAGCAAGGUGCACAAUAGUGUUUAUAGUAUGCUAUCUUCUAUGUAAGUAUUACGGGAGAUACAAAUAUACAUUACUUUUUAUAAUUAAAAGUAAAAAAUGGAAGAAUAAGCUCCAAUCUUCUAUAAGUGGUUUCAUAUUUGGGAUAGAGUGGUAGGAAUGGCAAUGAGACUUCUUUGAACUUACCUUAUUAUACAGUUAUUAUUUUGGAACUUGUGAAUGUUUUGCAUAUUUAUAAAACAAAGUUAAAUAAAAAGAAUAAAGCGCUCCAUCAAAACUUAAAACAAAUGGAAAACAAUGAGCCAUCUGUAUAUCAGAUUGAUGGCAUAACUACACAGAAGAUCAUUGCAAGUGGCUUUAUAAAUAUUUUGACUGUACCUCCUUAAUGGGACAUAGUCUAAGACAACUAGAACUGCAUAGAAAUAUUAAAUUGCAUUCAUUAAUUUUAUUGUUAGUAAUAUUGAUAUUGUGCUUUUGGACUUAAUAGAUAUAUUUAAGAAUAAAGCAAAAAAGUAAUUACGUAAAUGUAUUUUCUAGCUUUGCUGAAAAGGCCUUAGAAGCAAUGAUCAACCCAGUAGUAAUGAACACCCCUGGUGCACAGACUUGGUUUCUAAAUACUAUUUUCCAGUUUUAAAAAAUGAAAAAUUAAAGAAAUCAAGGCUCCUUUGUAGAUAGAAGGUUGAUUUCAGAUCUGGAACAGGUAAGAUGGGAUGGAUCAUAUUAUACCCCUGGAAGUCAGGAAGCUAUCAAAGACUAUUGUGGUCAUGUAAAAUGACUAAGGAACCAACACAAAGAGGCCCCACUGGCCAAGAUGGAACACUUUGAGCAUUAAAAGAAAAAUAAUGGCUUCAGUAGAUUUGUAUAUAUUGUAAAAUACAUACAAAUCCAAUAACUAAUGAUACUUAAGGAACAUAACACAUUUGUUACCAAUGGAGUUUUACAGGGAAUCAACUAAUUUGCUCUGAGGAUUGAUAAGUAAAAGGAAAUAAACAUUUCUGGGCUUUCCUUGAGUUAUAUUGCAGGCAAUUAAAUAGUAGAUAAGAAAAAGUUAUAUUUUUAUAGAUGAGUUCCAACUAAUAAAUGCAGAAGAAAUUAUAGGAUUAGAAAAGUACAAUUUUGCAAACCCUAAUGAAAGAAUGAGUCUAGGCAAUGAUCAUGAAAUGGUGCUAAACAAUUGGAUGAAAAAUUGUUGUAGAACAUUGUGAUAAAGAGCUUAGGCUGAGCUAUUGAACCCACUGACCAUUCUUAAAAUCACUAAGAGGUGUUUUUAAGAAAUUAUGAGAUAUUCUUGCCUGAGUUACUACCCAAUUCAAGAUCUAAUUAUCUGUUUACCAGAAACAUUAAGGAUAGACAAACAUCACAAUCAGCCACAUUAUACAGGACAAAUGACCUGAUUUCUGCAACAAAUUUAUGGUAUGAAAAUGCAACAGGAAGGUAGAUGCUAAAGCAUAAAACUCAAGAUGCGUGCCAGAUGCAAAAACCUUAUUUGGAUCCUGAUUCAAGUGAGCCAACUGUUAAAAGACAUCUUUGGUAUAAAUCAAGGAGAUUUGAAUAUGAACUCAUAAGGUUAAAUUAAGAAAUUAUUGUUCUUUCUUGUUUGGUGUGAUGAUGACAAUAGUGCCUAUGGAAAUAAAAGCCUUUUUCGAUUAGAACUGAACACUAUUGUAUUACGGAUAAAAUUAAAUGAGGUGUAGGAUGUGCUUUAAAAUACUACUCCCCAAGCAGCCACAACAAAGAGGGAGGGAGACUGCCAAAUGUUGAUAGGUGUUGAUACCUGGUGCUGAGUACAUGAGGUGCAUUGUACUAUUCUACCUUUGUGUAUGUUUGAAAUUUUCCAUAAUAAAAAGUUUAACAACCAUUCUC